AUGCCACGACGACCGAAUUCUAUUCGGGCGGUCUUGCUAGCCUUCAUCUAUCUCUUUAGUAAAGCUCAAGGAGUAAGAGGGGCAAGAGAAAUUAUCGGCUGGCUCACAGUUGCCCCGGCUCACGCCGAGCUCAUCAAUCAUGAUAAUAUUCCAUAUAGCCAGAGAUAUGUCGAUGAGUCUCAUAAAUUAGGACGUGGUUUUUACAUAACACAAGAGCCUCCCGUGGAAGGCCAUCCAUGGAAACCGAGGUGGUAUUGUGUUGCCUAUGCGAAUAGUGAGAGCAUUGCAAGGGCGCCCAAAAUACAUAUCCCAAGAUAUUAUCGAAAGAGGAAUCAUUCGAAUGGUGAGGUUGAAAAUAUACAACUAUGGGACGCGGGCGAAGAGUCCAUCGUGGAGUAUAUUGGGCAUUUCACAGAGGACCAUCCCGAAAGAGUGCUACGCGUCUCACGGACGUCAAAUUUCGAGCCGAACGUAUUACAUAUGGCCAUUCCAUCUGAUGUGGUAAACAACAACAAUGUGUUGAGCUUAUGGUCUGAAUGCUUCAGAACAAUAGAAGAGCUGGAAGAAGAACAUGGGAGCGAAACUAUUAACUGGGAGGACAAAUGGGAGAUUGUGGGAGACCGUGGAUCCCCGAGCGAAAUGAGUCCAGUUUCUUCGAUCGGUGAUAUGAUGGAUAUAGCUGAGGAUAUGGAUACUUUAUCGCUGUCAGAAUAG